AAAUUGCCGAACCACGUAAAUCUUCUCUUGUCUUCUCUUGUGCAAUUUAUUGCUUCUCUUUCAAAUAUUUUUUCCCUUCUAUUAGCGUGACACGUUUCCCAACAGUGUCUGGUUCAAGUUUUUCUUAAAGCUGGUUGAAGCACCGGGUAUUGGAUCUUUGAUUAUGAAUUGCCUCAAGAAUGAAAACAAAAUUGAUGAGGUUCAAUUCGUAAUUUUUUGUAUUUAUGUGCAAUAUAUAUAUAUGCUAGUAGGAUGUAGCAAUUACAUGGUGGAUUAGUAGGUUACCUACUGUAGGUAUACGCAAGUUGGUCAGGACACUGCUGUUAUAAAACUGUAACUGUUAGGCAGUACAACAGUAACAAAAUAGUGAGAUUCCAUAAUCAUAUUGGUUAUUAUAAAACUUGUUAAAAUUAUGUGAUCUUGUUGAACAACUGCAUUUCUUUCUUCCUAAUCGUGGAAGUUGGGGCUACUCUAAUUGUAAGGCAGUGCAUCAGUAACAAAACAGUGAGAUCUUCCAUAAUCAUAUCGUGAUGAUAAAACCUGUUAAAAUUGAUGGCAUCAACAUGGAUGCAGAAGAUGUAUAUAUGUUCAUACACACACUUGCGCGUGCGCACACACAUAUUGUAAGAUAAAAAUGUGGGACCUGUCAUCAAAUGUCCAUGGUGACCUCGCCAUGAUACAGAAGUGCUGUAUACUUGGCACUAAUUCGGUUUGUAUUUCCUGACUUUAGAGCCAGGACUUGCUGUUGUCGGCCUGGAAGAAGACGGAAAGCCUGAAAAGCGGGUUGAGCUAGCCUUAAAGUGUCUUCCAGAAUAUGAUCCAUCUAGCAAUUGGAGCGGUUGCAGAGCGCUUCAUCUCAGCCAUUGAGGAGUUCAAUAAUAAGAAGCCCCCAGCACCACUGUUAAUUUCUUUUGACCCAGACGAAGUGAGAAAGCAAGCUGCUGCUUCUACACAAAGAUUUGAACAAGGGAAUCCACUGUCAAUCUUGGAUGGGAUUUUCAUGUCAAUCAAGGAUGAUAUUGAUUGCUAUCCUCACCCUUCAAAGGGAGCAACGACAUGGAUGCAUGAGGUUCGUGAGGUAAAGAAGGAUGCUAUUUCUGUGUCGAGAUUACGAAGUUGCGGUGCAAUUUUGGUUGUAAAGGCAAACAUGCAUGAGUUGGGCAUGGGUACUACUGGAAAUAACGCAAACUAUGGGACUACAAGAAACCCACAUGAUCCCGAUAGGUAUACUGGAGGGUCUUCCUCAGGCCCUGCAGCUAUUGUGGCUUCAGGAUUGUGUUCCGCUGCUCUGGGAACGGACGGAGGAGGUUGUACACCUACACCAUGUCACACUCAAGAAUCCACUUAUUCAAUCUUCAUAAAACCAGUAUGUUUAUUGAUGCUUGAUUUAAUGUGUAAGGACAGGUUCAAUUCGAAUUCCUUCUUCCCUUUGUGGUGUUGUGGGCUUGAAGUUAACAUAUGGUCAAACUGACAUGGAAGGGUGAUCUCGUCACACAGUUGUACAUGUGCCUUAUGAUCUGCUUUUCUCCCUAACAGAUCUUCUAACUGUAUAGCCAUUAUUCCUUUUCCUCUUUUGUCAACCAUCAUUUUCUCUUGCAUUUACGUCUAUAUCUCCAUUUAGGAGCUUGUGGUUCAUAUAUGUAUGUGUAGACAUUUGUUUAGGACCUACUUCGACCUUCUACAUGUAUUGAUCUAGACCAUCUCAACUGUAUGUGUGCAAAUUAAACAAAGAGGUGGUGUCAGUUUCAAAUCUGUAA